AUGAGCGAGAACUGUCACGCACAUUUCGACGACAAGACUCUGCAGAGAGAAAGGACGAAAGAGUCCAUGGGUUCGCGUAAGAAGUCUGUCGCUGAAAAGGAAGCCGAUAUUGAGUCUGUCUGGUCUGACGAACCGUAUGGCUUGGAAGAGCGCGACUUUAAGAAGAAGCAGUCAACGGGUGUGAUCUAUGGAGAUAUCGGCACCAGUCCUCUUUAUGUCUACUCGUCGACAUUCAGCUCUGAACCCUCGAGAGAUGACCUUCUUGGUGCACUAUCGUUGAUCAUCUGGUCGUUGACUUUGAUCGUCACAGUCAAAUAUGUGUUGAUUGUCCUAGCCGCCGAUGAUGAAGGAGAGGGAGGCACCUUUGCUAUAUACACCCUCUUGUCCCGCUUUAGCGAGAUUAUGAAGAGAGAUCCUCGAACAUACCAUGCGAUCAAGAUGGAACGAUACCCUAAUGCCGAGCUUCCCAGACAGAGUCGCAGUAUCAGAAACUGGCUUGAGAAGUCAAAAGUUGCACAUGCAAUCCUGAAGAUAUUGGCUGUCUUUGGCGUGAGUCUGAUCAUCGCAGACGGUAUCCUUACACCAGCGCAAUCCGUGCUCGGAGCCAUCCAGGGAUUGACAGUGGUCGACCCUGACAUUGGUAGCUCAACCGUCAUCGGUGUCAGUUGCGCUAUUCUCGUUUUGCUGUUUCUCUUACAGCCUCUCGGUAUCCAGAAGCUGGCUAGUUGCUUUGCUCCUAUCGUCAUACUAUGGCUUCUGUUCAACGCAUCGUUCGGUAUCUAUAAUCUUGUCAUGCACGAUUGGACAGUCUUGAAAGCCUUUUCUCCAUACUUUGCUGGACUUUNNUACUUUAUGCGUCUCAGAAAGGAAGGGUGGCUGUCGCUUGGUGGCAUUUUGCUAUGCUUUACCGGUGUCGAGGCUCUAUUCGCUGAUCUUGGUGCUUUCAGCAAGCGAUCUCCGGCAUACAUCUCGCGCAUCCCAUCGGCUUACUCAAACCCCUUCUUUGAGACGGUUCCCCCAGGCAUGUUCUACCCCUCCCUCGUCCUCUCGAUUCUCGCCGCUAUCGUUGCUUCUCAAGCGCUCAUCACCAGCACUUUUCAAUUACUCAUACAACUUAUGCACUCUUCCUACUUCCCUCAGAUCAAGGCCGUAUACACCAGUACCGCCUUUCAUGGACAGGUUUACAUUCCCCUUGCGAACUGGCUCAUGAUGAUUGGUACUGUCAUAGUCACUGCUGUCUACAGCAACGUAAGCAUAACCUUUAUCGACAGAAAGUACAUAACAGCUAACAUGCUUCUAGNNACUACCAAGCUUGGCCACGCAUAUGGUGUCUGCGUCAUCCUCGUCACUUUCAUCACCACAAAUCUGGUAACGCUCGUAGCCUUGAUCGUCUGGAAGAAGAACCCCUUCCUCGUCUUUGCUGUGUGGUUGCCUUUGGUCACUUUAGAUGGUCUCUACCUCUCCUCGGCUCUCACAAAGGUCCCUGAUGGUGCUUGGUUUACACUUCUCCUCGCCAUCCUUCUCGCCUCCUUCUUCAGCCUCUGGCGCUACGGCAAAGAAAAGCAAUGGACCACCGAAGCCAAGAACCAAGCCCAGCUCUCCGAAUUGGUAGCCUACUCUGCAAACAACCUUUCCUCCUCCACUGCCACCCCUGAUCCAUCAGCCAAAAAGACAUUCCAUCUCUCCUGGCGACACGGAGGCGGCGACUUGACAGAAACAAAAGGCAUGGGCAUCUUCUUCGACAAAUCCGGCACCGACAUUCACGUCCCCCAGGUCUACGAGCAUUUUAUCACAAAAUUUGAAGCCCAGAUGCAGGUCGUAGUGUUUUUGCACCUGCGCGCGUUGUCAGAACCUCAUGUGCAUGAAGAAGAUCGCUAUACCAUUGCACGCACACCUUUACCAAACGUCUACCGCAUGACCAUCCGCUAUGGCUAUGUCGACAGAGUGGUUACCCCCGAUCUCGGCAGACUCGUCUACGAGCAAGUGCGCAUGGCCAUUGUGCGUGGUACAGUGAUCAACAGACCCAAGCCCACGGUACCAGAAACCGUGGUUCAAAGUGUACACAACACUAUCCACGAAAACGGUGAUCCGCACGCCACUUCCACCAUCACCACUUUUGCCCCAGAAGUUGAGAUUGGCGAUGAGAAUCAUACUUCGGGGGCCACGGCAUUGAUUACUUCUCGUCGUUUGCGCGCUUUGGAUGAUGCGUUCAAGACGCAAACACUGUAUCUGGUUGGCAAGCAGCAACUGAGGGUCUAUGAGGAUACGGCCAUGUUGAAGAAAACAUUGCUCGCGGCUUUCCUUUUUGUCAGGGAGAAUACCAGAGCCAAGGUUGCACAGCUUGAUGUGCCUGUGGAGAAGCUGGUGGAGGUUGGCUUUGUUGGCGAGAUGUGA